UUGGGUGUGAAACUGACUGUGAGGGUUUGACUCCUCAAUGUCACAGCGCAGUUACACGGAACGCUCGACAUAGCAGCUGUGAUGAUCUCGCCGUCUUGGAUAAAAGCCAUGCAGGAAGUGUAAACUCCUUGCAGACCUACUGUCUGUGUAUCUGAGAGGAAGUAGGAAGAGAAGAUGGCCAUGAGUCUAGAAAGCAUUCCGUCCAGAUCAGAGGUGCAGGUGUGGAGCGCUCACAGCCUGGCAGACUAUAUGAACAAGCUGAAGCUGUCCGGCUGUGACAAAGUGGUGAUGAGAAACAACAUCACAGGAGAGAGGUUCCUGAAAAUGAUGGAGAAUGAUCUGCAGAAGUUCCCAAGCAAGCACAUUCCCAUCAUCACUAGGAUAUGUACAGAGAUUAAUAAGAGAGAAGAGAAGAGAGGCUUUGGACGAAGACCUACAGAACACAAGUACAAUCAACAAGACUUUGUACAGGAAGAAAUAUCGGGUCGUGAGGAGUUUGAUGACAGCGACAAUGACUAUGAGAGUCUGGAGGAGAACUACGUGUGUCCCCUGUCGGAGGAGCCGGGCGGAGGGCGGGACAGCAGCGACGAGGACUACGAGCAGCCUCCCUCGGAGAACAGGGAGGACAUCCCUCGUGCUCGCAGCCUGGCUCAGCCCCUGGGGGACGACCGCUACAUAGAUUGUGUGAAGGCAGGCUGGGCCCCCAGGCCCCCGCAGCGCCCGGAGGGGGCGGCUCCCUCCCGCGCCGCCCGGCCGACCCCACCUAGGGCCAACGCCGCCCCCCAGCGACUGUUCCCGAAGGCGGGCCCAGCUCCACCAGGCCCCGCUGUUCCCCAGGUGGACCGGAGCAGGAAGCCAUGUGUAGCCGGAGCCCUCAGGACAGACCUUCCUAUCUCCAGAGAUGGCAGUCCUUUCGGUUUCCCGCACCCUGGUGCGAGCCUGUCUGCUCAGCUGAUGGCCCUGAAGCCACCUGACAUGAGAGCCGCUAUUGGCCGGUCCACUCCGGGCCUCCCUGCGCUGCCCCCCCCUGCCCUGCCCCUCCCUGCCCUGCCCCCCCCUGCCCUGCCCUCGUCUCAACACAACGUUCCCCAGGCUGGACCGAGCACGGGCAUGGACCCUCGCUGGUAUGGAGGUCAGAUGAGCAGGCAGCACGCUGAGAUGUUGCUCCGAAGGAUCAACCAGGAUGGGGCCUUCUUGGUGAGGGACAGCUCCAGGGGCUUGUCUGAACAGCCCUACACCCUCAUGGUGCUCUUCCUUGACAAGGUGUACAACAUCCAGAUACGUCAGGAAGGAGGGCAAUACUCCCUGGGCACGGGCCUGAACGGCUUCCAGAGUUUACCCACGGUCGGGGAGAUCAUUGGCCAGCACGCGCAGACGCCCCUCAUACUCAUCAACGCCAUGGAGCGAGAGUCCAGUGCCCAGAGACAAUCCUGCCUGCUGUACCCCGCCGGACGAUGACCGCCCUACCCCCCCCCCCCCCCCCCAACAGCACCGGGCGGACUGUGUGUGUUGAGUUGAAGCAAAAUCUUGUAUGUUGUAAAUUGUUGUUUUUUUACGGAGAUGUUUUAUGUCCUAUGGUGUCAGUUCUUCAGCCCCCCC